AUGGAGUGUGGUUCCGAAGAUUGUUCAGAUAACACUCAUGGACCAGACUCUAACAAGGACCAACGAGUCUAUUUCGUUCCUCAUAGGUGGUGGAAGGAUUCUCAAGAUGCAAUGCGUGUGGAUUUGGAUAAGAAGAAGGGAAUUGUGUAUGCAUCUACGCCUGGUUCAUCCUAUGGUCCAAUGAAGAUCAUUAACAACAUCUUCAGCUCAGAUCUUGUGUUUAAUCUUCAGAGGGAGGAAGAAUUGCGGGAGAAUGGUGAAGUCGGUUUAUCGGGGAGGGAUUUUGCUUUGGUAUCCGGAGAUAUGUGGUUGCAGGCACUCAAGUGGCACAGCGACUCGAAAAAUGCAAUGAAAGAUGAAAAGGGCUUUUCAGCAAUCGACAGUGAUAUUGGAGAUGUAUAUCCAUUACAACUCAGGCUUUCUGUUCAGAGGGAAACAAAUUCCUUUGAAGUAAGAAUAAGCAAAAAGGACAAUACAGUUGAACUUUAUAAAAGAGCCUGCAAAAUGUUCAGCGUGGAUUCAGAGAUGUUACGCAUUUGGGACUUUUCUGGUCACAUAACCUUGCUUUUUAAUGAUGACGAAAAUCUUGUGCCCGCAGACUGUAGAAGACAGUCUGAUCAGGAGACUCUUCUAGAGUUGCAAGUUUACGGGCUGUCAGACUCAAUGAGAUGUAGGGAAGGGAAAAAAGAUGAGAUGGCAAGUUUUUCUGGCAGUGCGUCGGUGAAGAUGAAUGGUACUGCUGACAGUUCGAAUUCUGAUUGUAUGCGUGCGGGUUCCUUGACCUUCUCUCUAGGCCCUGGUGAAGCUGGUUCCUUGGGAUUAACUGGAUUACAGAACCUAGGAAAUACUUGCUUCAUGAACAGUGCCCUUCAGUGCUUAGCUCAUACACCAAAGCUUGUUGACUAUUUUCUGGAAGAUUAUGGUAGAGAAAUCAAUCCUGACAACCCAUUGGGCAUGAAUGGUGAGAUAGCGUCGGCGUUUGGAGAUUUACUUAGGAAGUUAUGGGCUCCUGGUGCAAGCCCUGUGGCACCAAGGAUGUUCAAAUCAAAGCUUGCUAGAUUUGCACCUCAGUUUAGUGGGUUUAAUCAGCAUGAUUCGCAAGAGCUUCUUGCUUUUUUAUUGGACGGACUUCAUGAAGAUUUGAAUCGUGUUAAAUGUAAGCCUUAUGUUGAAGCCAAGGAUGGAGAUGGUCGACCAGAUGAAGAAGUUGCUGAUGAAUAUUGGCAUUAUCAUCUGGCUCGCAAUGACUCAGUCAUUGUUGAUGUGUGCCAAGGCCAAUAUAAAUCAACAUUAGUUUGUCCUAUUUGUAGGAAGGUCUCUGUGACAUUUGAUCCAUUCAUGUACUUGUCAUUACCUCUACCUUCAGCAACAAUGCGGACAAUGACUUUAACUGUUGUUAGUAACAUUGAUGAUGGAAUGCCUCAAUUAUCACCAUAUACAAUUUCUGUUCCCAAACAUGGAAAAUUUGAAGAUCUAACACGUGCUCUUAGCAUCGCAUGCUCUUUGGGGUCUGAUGAGACCUUAUUAGUAGCUGAGGUAUACAACAACUGUAUCAUACGCUUCCUUGAAGAUCCAGCUGAUUCAUUAUCAUUGAUCAGAGAUGCUGACAAACUAGUUGCUUAUCGGUUUCUGAAAGAUCACGGGGAGGCUCCUCUGGUCGUCUUUAUUAAUCAGCGGAUGGAGGAGCAAUACAUCUACGGGAAAUCGACUACAAAUUGGAAGGCAUUUGGAAUUCCUGUUGUGGCUAGUCUUUGCAAUAUGGUAAAUGGAUCUGAUCUUCGCAAUUUGUAUCUGAAGUGGUUCCAUCCAUUACAAGAUUCAAUUGAAGGGACCUUAGAAAAUUGUGCCGUGUCUGAGAGAACUGAAGUUGCAGAAAUGGAAGGGGUUACAGAUCCUUGUUCAGAUCCCAAUGUAAAUGGGUUAGAUACACCUUUAGAUAUAGGAAUGGAGUUUUUCCUAACAGAUGAUAAGGGGACUGUCAAAAAUUCUAAAAUAUUAAUGAACGAACCAUUUACAAUAAAUGGAGAGUUAAACCUGCUGCACGUGCUUGUAUGUUGGUCGGAAAAACAGACUAAAAAAUAUGACACGCAGCUUUGUAGUUCGUUGCCUGAGGUUUACAAGUCUGGUUUUUUAGCAAAGAGACCUCAAGAACCAGUUUCUCUGUAUAAGUGUCUUGAAGCAUUCUUACAAGAAGAACCUCUUGGUCCAGAAGACAUGUGGUAUUGUCCUGGCUGUAAAGAUCAUCGUCAGGCCAGUAAGAAGUUAGAUCUUUGGAGACUUCCUGAAAUUUUGGUUAUUCAUCUCAAGAGGUUUCAAUAUAGCCGAUUCAUGAAAAACAAGCUGGAGACGUUUGUUGACUUCCCUGUAGAUAACCUUGAUCUGUCAGCUUAUAUUACCCACGGGAACCAGAAGUCUUAUCAUUACACACUUUAUGCUGUCAGUAACCAUUUUGGAAGCAUGGGAGGUGGCCAUUAUACCGCAUUUGUACAUCAUGGUGGUGAUCAAUGGUAUGACUUUGAUGAUAGCCGUGUUUAUCCCAUCAGCAAGGAGAAGUUAAAGUCUUCCGCCGCCUAUGUUCUUUUCUACAGAAGAGUCUUUGAAGUUUUGACAUAA